UGUAAAUACAUUUCCCUUCACUAUACUUGUUAUAAUUUCAAUAUUUGUAUUGUGAAUAUGGCAUCCAUUGAAAUGUAUGAGGACAUUAAACGUGAAGACCAUACAUACGACGUUAUAAAGAAUCAAAUUGCAACAAAACAUGAAUUUAAACCAUCAUUAAAGCAAUGGUUAUUUUUAAUUCUUUCAAUACUGACAUUGUUAGUGUUGUCUGGUGCUGUAGUUUGGACGAUGACAUAUUUUACGAUUCGUGGUACAAUGGAAAACAUAAAUGUAGACUCCGAACAAGUGCUAAAGCUUGUCACCGAAAUUAAGAAUAUGCUGAACGGUACAACGGGAAUAGAGGUGCAGGAGAUCAAUACAGACAUGGAUGCAAUUGAGGAAAAACUUGAAAAAAUACACAAUGAUAUUAAAUGUAUUGAGUUUCUGCCGAAAGAUUGCAGUGAUUGGUGUAUCAGUAAAACAAACUCUGGGUUGAUUACAGUUUACUUUGAUAGUUACAGAAAUGUGCCUGUGCUUUGUGAGAAAGGGGGUUGGACUGUCAUUCAAAAGCGGUUUAAUGGUGCUGUUGAAUUCAAUAGAAAUUGGACUGAUUAUGAAAAUGGAUUUGGAGAGUUACAUGGGGAGUUCUGGUUGGGCAACAAGAAUAUAGCACAGCUAACAUCAGAGGGAAAUUCAUGAACUUAGGAUCGAUGUGGAGGACUGGGAUCGCAACAAGCGUUAUGCAGUUUAUAGAAGCUUCUCAAUAGGCGACGCAUCUACAAAAUACCGGUUAAGUAUCAGUAAUUACUCAGGAAACGCAGGUGACGGAAUGAACUAUUUUAAUGGGAAGAAGUUCUCAACAUAUGAUCAAGAUAACGACGAAUUUAGUUAUACGAAUUGUGCUUUCAAUAUUAGUUUUAAAGGUGGAUGGUGGUACAAUCAAUGUUGGACAGGUAGAGAGGCCAUGCUAAAUGGGCAUUACACCCAUAGAAAUAAUACUCUGCAGGGUAUAAUUUAUAAAUCGUUUAAAAAAACCUCUCUGAAAAAAUCCACUAUGAAGAUUCGGAAAGUGUAGUUACAAGUCU